CGUGGACCCACACAAGCAUAAACUCGGAGCUGCUCGCCUUUCCUGCAAUGUAUCCUAGGUACCUAUUCCAUUGUGCAUGGUUUGCAGCUUCUGCAACGCAGAGAGGAACGGUGGUUGCUGAAAAAUCGGCUGACAAGCAUUGAAAGGCGUCACCAUGGCGUUGUCUCUCAGCUCGCCGCCCUCCGCAAGCUCCCCUCUGCUGGGUUCUCUUCAAUCUGUCCGCAAUUCUAACGCAUGCCCAAACGAAACAUGCACUCAUCUGAGGAGAGCUUGCUUUUCGCGGCGAAUGGUGUCCCAGCAACCACUCACCGCACUCCCAAGCUUCCUCACUGGUAGCACCAAUCGGACUUUUGCGGCCAAUCCUCGGAAGCUGAGGAGGCAUGCAUUAACUUCUAGUUGGCGCAAGCAUGCGAACCCGGGUGCUUUGUCUGUGAGAGCUUCUAUUGCAGACGCGCCGCCAGACAAGAAAGACAGAGCAAAGCCUGCGCAAGUCAGGUCGCCGCUGUUAGAUGCUGACGUUCCGGAGUACGUCAAAGAAGCAGUGCGGACUCAGCCUUGGAAGGGAGUCCUCGAACCCAGCACAGAGCGCAGUUUCACUGUGGACUCUAGCCAUGUGAAGGGGAGAAUACCGGAUGAUCUCCGGGGGACAUACUACAGAUUGGGUCCGGGGAACACGCGCAUGGGGGAGAGGAAACAGGGGCACUGGUUCGAUGGAGAUGGGAUGAUUUACGCCUUCAGUUUGGACGGCUUUAACGAGAGCGUCACGUUCCGAUCGCGUUGGAUCGACACCCCGCGCAUUCGGCAGCGCCUGGCCGCCCCAGAAAACAAGGUCGCCGGGAAGGGCGUUUGGACGCCCGCGGACGGCGGGCCCUUCGCAAACGUCGGAAGUAUGGAGAACCCCAGCAACACGGCGCCGAACUAUUUCAACGGGCAGCUUCUGGCGCUGGCCGAGGGUGGGCCGCCCCGGGAGGUCAACCCGGGCACUCUCGACACUGUAGGAAAAGAGCUGUCGUAUGUUGGGGAUCUCGCCUUCUCCGCGCAUCCCAAAAUCGAUCUGGAUACUGGAAUCAUGUACAAUCACGGAGUCAACCCGGAGCCGAGUCUCAACAUCCUCGGACUCCAGCUCUUCAAAAACUCCCCGGACGGAAAGCUGCUGAAACAGACACGUGUCCCUUUGGACGGCCCGACGUACGUCCACGAUCUCAUGAUCAGCGAGAACUACAUGAUUACAAUCAUCCCCCCCUGGUACUCUACUAAAGCCGACCUCCUCCAGUUCGCCUUGGGCCUGAAAAAAUUCGGAGACUCCUUCAAGUGGGUCCCCGAGCGCGGGACCCGCGCGGUCGUCGCGCGAAAGAGCGACCUCGAGGUGGUGGCUGACGUCAAGCUGCCGUCAUUCUCGAUGUACCACAACGCGAACGCGUACGAGGAGGACGGCAAGCUGCAUCUCGUCACGUGCCGGCUGAACGGCAGCCGCGCCGACCUCGAGACCGUCAUGGCGGACCUGUGGGAAAGCACCUGGUGCUGGGACAGCCUGAGUAGCCUGUGGGACUACACCUUUGACACCAAAACGUGGGCCCUAAUCUCCGAGGGCCCCGCCGCGAAGCGCGCCGACGGAACUCCGACUCCCGCGCACGGGCACGAUUUCCCGACCAUUCACCCGGCGCUCACCGGGAAGAAAAUGCGCUACGUCUACGUGCUGGCGAACGCAAAUUGCGGCCGGUUGGAAGCCCCGGUCAGUCGCGGGGGUUACGUGGGCGCGGCCAAAGUGCCCGGUAGUGACUCCCCGGGCGCGCCCGCGUUUUACAACUGCUACGAAAAGUACGAUUUAGAGACCGGGGAGGUGGAGGAAUAUAACGUCGGGAGGGCGUCUUCGGACACGGUGUUCGUUCCGAAAGCGGGCGGCGAGAAGGAAGACGACGGGUAUCUUCUUGCGGUCGCGUAUAACGAGGACCGGCAUACGUCGAGUGUGGUGGUGGUUGAUGCUGAGUCGAUGUCUGGGGUGUGUGAGAUCGAGUUACCGGUCCACGUCACGACUACUUUCCACGGGUGUUGGGUGCCAAAGUCUUAGUAAGAGUGCGUGCCUGAGGUUCAGGCAUCGGCACCCCCCGCAGCCGCGGCGGGCCAGCAUGCUAAGUGUGAUUUGGAGUGAAGUAUACUAGACCGAUGGGAUCGCUAUAGACUGUAACAUGUUGCUCGCUUUUCCCCACUUGUUGUUUGGUCGAGUGAUAACUGAUCAACGCUCAAUAUUGCUCCAUUUGUAUUUGGUAGUUCGAAGUCGUGGCUGAUAAACAUAAGCGCCCCAGUUCAAGUCUCAUUACGGCCAGGCUAGCCGUUGCACAACAGACACUAGCUUGGCAUUAAGCCUUCAUCUGUCCAGCUCGCUUUUCUGCUCGCUAUAUUAGAAGCUUCAAAUUUUUUCUGUGAAAUUAGUCCUUGUAUAAGUUGUCGUCACUUGGCAGGAUCAAGCUUGCACAUGCAGGUCUGAACCGAGUGACCGAGCUGAGUUCUUGACAAAAUUGCGAAGUUGGAUUAGACGUCAAAACCCGGAAGUUCAGAGAGGAAGUGAAAAUAACGUAGUAUACUCGACUUCAGUAAGCUGGCAAGAGUGACUAGGUCGGGCGCGAGCACACGUGACAUAUGCCUCGAUCAUACAUGUACUCGAU